GCAUUGCGCAAUUGUACUGUCUCAACUCUGUCACAAUGUCAACAACAACAACCGUCACUGCCCAGCCCAUCACGGCUGAGGCUAUGCUCCGUCUCUUCCCUGACAUUGACACCAGCUCCGAGCCCUUGUCCGGUCACGAUGAGGAGCAGAUCCGCCUCAUGGAUGAGGUCUGCAUCGUCCUCGACGAGAACGACAAGCCAAUUGGCACUGCCAGCAAGAAGAUUUGCCAUCUCAUGACCAACAUCGACAAGGGCCUCCUCCACCGUGCCUUUUCCGUCUUCCUCUUCAACGAUAAGAACGAACUGCUCCUUCAGCAGCGCGCCACCGAGAAGAUCACCUUCCCCGACAUGUGGACCAACACCUGCUGCUCCCACCCUCUCAACAUCCCUACCGAGACGGGAUCGAGCCUCGAGGAUGCCAUUGAUGGUGUCAAGAGGGCCGCUCAGCGCAAGCUCGACCACGAGCUGGGCAUUAAGAAGGAGCAGGUUCCUUUCGAGAAGUUCCACUUCCUGACUCGAAUUCACUACAAGGCUCCCAGCGACGGAAAGUGGGGUGAGCAUGAAAUCGACUAUAUUCUGUUCAUCAAGGCCAAUGUCGACCUCGACGUCAACAAGAACGAGGUCAGGGACACCCAGUACGUCAGCCCAGAGAAGCUCAAGAAGCAAUUCGACGACCCCAGCUUGGUCUUCACUCCCUGGUUCAAGCUCAUCUGCAACUCGAUGCUGUUUGAGUGGUGGGAGAACCUCGACUCCGGCCUGGACAAGUACCUGAACGAGCAGGAGAUUCGCCGCAUGUAACGAACCACGGAUAACGAGACAAAGAAACCUCCGAAGCGAAACAGGACGACAGGAGAGACAAGAUGAUUGCCAAAAAGAGUUACGAAGGAAAGAAUCAGGUAGCGGUUGCAUAGGCUGUUCGCGGUCGAUCAGCAUAGAUAUCCGCUCUCGCGCCUCCGCCGUGUCUAGAUCAGAUCGGAUCUCACGAGGGGUACAGAGCCGCUUUUUAAUUUGACGUCGUUUACGUUCAUCACUUUCUUCGACGCAGCAACUUAUUGCUUCGGGAACCCAGCAAAACCCUGACAGUUCUCAGAGAUAGCUGCAAUGUCGAUCGAAGUAUCA